AUGAAGUUGAAGGGGGUGGUCAUGUUUGAAGCUUUUGCUCUCAUAGAGCUUCUGCUUAUAGCGCGUCGACUGUGUGAAUGUGUUGGUGCUAUGUAUCCUAUAUGCGCGAUGUCCCUAUCAUUGUGUCAAGGGGGAAUUGAUGUAUCUCGGAUGACUACAGAAGGUACACUUAGAAUCGUGUUAACCCUCGUCAAUAAUUUGAAAGUCAUAAUGAUAUUUAUAAAUGAAAAUCACGCAAGAAGAAUCAUCUUGUUGGGGUCAAUUUCAAGUGAAACAUUUGUCGCAUUUGUCGGUUUAAACUUACUUCUGCUUCUUUUUUAUUAUGAUGAUCUCAACAAACCGGCGUAUGUUUAA